ACUAUGAACGUCACCGGCACGCGCGCGCUCGUAUGAUGACGUUUUAUAUAAUAUUGUAACAAAAGCUUUUGACGCAGACUGUAAUAUUAUCAUAACAGUAAUAUUAGACGUGAUUAAUCACGAUUAGGUAGUUGAACGAAACAGAUUCAUUUCGAUGACUGCAAAUCUGCAAUAAUAUAUAAUAUUAUGAUAUAUUAUUAUUCGUCGACUAGCCUGCUGCAGUCGUGAACAAUAUUAUAUUGUAUUGUUAUUAUGCGCCGUAGUAAGCAGAUAUUAUGGUAUUUAAUGUGAAAUUAUUAUUUAGACGGUGGAAAACCAUAUUAUAAUAUUCGUAGACGAUUAAGUAGAUGAUUUAUUUUUCAUGCGUGUGGUAUAAUUGUAACGAUUCGUAGGCAGUGUAAAUGACAUACGACUAUUAUUUCACACAUUUUUCCCGGUCAAAUGCGCUGUCGUAUUUAUUUUCACUUUCGUGUAUUUUUGACAGUACGACGACGAGGACGACGAGGAAGAGUUGUUGGAGCAGCAGCAACAGCAUCAUCCACAGACACAACGACACAAUUAUGGAAUACAACCGGCGGCGCAGCAGGUGGCUGCGGCGUCGGCAGCGGCGUCUGACAACGACAGCAGCGGCACGAUCAGCGGAAUGUUGGCCGACUUUAGUCGGUCCAUAGCCAACAUGAACGGCAGUGGAUCCACGACGACAACGGCCACUCCGCUGUACAACGGAAGCGACAAAUUUGGCGAAAACAACAACAAAUACGAUUCCGUGCCAAGCGAAAACGCCCAAAAACAACAGUAUCAACAACAGACGCAACAGCAACAACAGCAAUACCAACAACAUGGUUUCACCGACGGGUUUUCGACGUCCUCCGGUACAACGACGCAACUGCGGCGCACCCAAUCGAUCAUCAGUCAAAACCUGCGCGACCAACAGUACCAGCUGUACUGUACUGGUUCGUCGCCGCCGCUCCAGCAGCUGCAGCCGGUCCAGCAACAUCAGUACGGCGACACCGCCGUCGCUCAACUGCAGCAGCAAACCGCCAACAACGCUUACGGACAGGCGGAAGACGGCGGCUUGUUGUACGGAACCGGUGGCGUCGGAACAGGACCGUCGAGCAUCGUCGCGAGACAGGCGCAGCAACAGCAACAAACUAUCGCCGCUGCGUCACAGCUGCGACAGCAACAGUACACGGCCGCCGGCAUCGCCACUGCCAAUAGUUUGCAGACCGAAACGAAUUACUCGUCGACGAUUGGCACCGGAAAUGCGGCGGCGAUGCAACAACAGUUGUUCUAUAACAAACGAGGGGACAGCGGCGGCGCUCUGUUUAACUGCCAACAACCGACAUAUCAACAGCAGCAAGAAGUCUUGUACCAGCCUUAUCAACCGGAAUACGGCACAUAUCAGCAACAGCAACAGCAACCGCCACAUCAGCAACCGCAACAUCAACAACAGCAACAACUAUCGUACAAUCAAAUGCAACAACAGCCGAACCAGCAACAGCCAAACCAGCAGCAGCAGCAGCAAUACAAUCAGUCACAACAACAAUCGCAACAGCAGUAUCAACAGCCGCAGAACCAACAAUACCAGUCGAGUCAACUGCAGCAGUAUCAGAGGUUUCCGAAUCAAGAUCAACAGCAGCUGCCGUUGACUGUCGGCGAUAAUUCCCAUCAAUACAGCAUCGAUCAACAACUACAACAACAACAACAACAACAACAACAACAAAAUAGGGUGGACAUUAACUCUGGUCAGAACGUGUCCACUUUAACACUCGGCGGAGUACCGGUUACUUCGGGUGGUGUAAAAUACGAUGUGACGUCGUCGGAACUUAGUUCCACUGCAUUUAGACCACUGCAGCAGCAACAGGGUCAACGUUGCGACAAUCCCACGGCUAUUGCACUGCAGCAGCAACAGCACUAUAUCAAUGGCAACAACUACCAGCAACAACAGCAACUGCAACAGCAACAACAGCCACAGAAUCAGAUGCAGCAACAGCAGCAGCUGCAGAACAGUACUUUACCGCCGGUCAGUGGUACCAGUACGGCCAGAGUAACGGUACUACUAAACUCGUCUUCAGCCACAGCGGACCAGCAGCAGACAGGUGUCAAAGCUUUGACUAGUGGGUCGACGGCGCUUAAAUAUCAGACAGCCGGACAGCAACAAACCUCGUCGUCACAGGCAUCGACUUUGCACCCGACACCGCCGCAGCAAAACACGCCGGUCGGCACGCCCAGGGGCGCCCUGCUGAUCAGUGGCGGGGGACUUGGGCUCAGAGAUUUGACGGCAUCGCCGUCGGACACGCUCAGCGAACCGGACUCGAUGCGCUCGUCGUCGUUGAGGGGUAGCAACGGUCGGGACGGUCGACGUCGGUUGCCCGACUUACCCCCACCAGACCUGGAAAUGGCUGGGGUACAGUGGCCAGCAGCUGCAAACGCUAAACGCCGGGAGCGCAUGAUGCGAGCCAUGAUGGAUAAGUUUAAGUAAGUUUGCGGUGUCGUCGUGCAGCUGCUAAUUCUCAUCGGUCGAUGUCUUUAAUGCGUCUCCAAUUGUUUCGGUUACAAUGAGACACAGAAGGUCCAGGUCUAGAGUACCCAACGAUUGUGUAAAAUAAUUCAGGAUCAUUGACCGAGCAUUUGUUUCA